AGAAGAAGAAGAAAAAGAACAGUCCUUCACCCGCUAAUCAUCAUCCAUCUGCUCUGUAUCAGGUCAUAUUCCAUCAGCUAUAUUCAACAUCUCUUCUUUACAACUACUUUAUCUUGACGCCAACAAACUAUCUGGUGGUCUCCCAACGGACAUAUGCGACCACCUCCCUUUACUUGAAGAGCUGGUGCUUCAGGGAAACCAGCUCAGUGGUCAGAUUCCACCAAGUUUAUGCAAAUGUCGACAGCUUCGUUCAUUAGCAAUGCUCGGCAAUAAUUUUGAUGGAAACUUACCAAGAGAUAUUGGAAACUUGUCAAUGCUUACAGAGAUGCUCUUUGGUAGCAACAUGUUAGAGGGAUCACUGCCACCCUCAAUUGGUAAUUUAUCCAGGUUAGAAGUGCUUGACUUGUCAUCCAACAGACUGACCGGUCAUAUUCUGCAAGAAUUUGGAAACUUGAGAGCGCUGCGAGUCCUCAUUUUGCAUUCCAAUUCGUUUACCAAUGACCCUUCCAGUCAGGUACUUCACUUCAUCACUUCUUUGACAAACUGUAGGGAGUUACAAACAUUGAACACGGGGAAGAAUCCUUUAAAUGGCAUGCUUCCAAAUUCGGUAGGGAAUCUCUCCAGCUCUCUAACAUAUUUUUAUGUUAACGACUGCAAACUCAACGGCAACAUCCCAAGUGAGAUUGGCAACUUGACUAGCCUAAUUGGCUUAGCCUUGACAAAAAAUAAUUUUGCUGGAUCUGUUCCAUCAACAAUGGAAGGGUUAAGGAACAUUCAACUGUUGGAUCUUUCUAGGAACAAGCUUAAUGGUUCUAUUCCGCCUUUUCUAUGUCUUGCAAGGAGCUUGGCUGUAUUAGCAGCAGACGAAAAUCACUUGAGGGGAUCGAUACCUAACUGCAUAGGGAAUCUUACUUCAUUAAGACUCCUAUAUCUAGAUUACAAUGCAUUGAGUUCUACCAUCCCUUUAACAUUAUGGAGCCUCAAGGACCUCUUGCAAUUGACUUUGAGUUCAAAUUCUCUGAGCGGGCCUCUUUCUUUACAAGUUGGAGGAAUGAAGGCUGCGAUAGUUAUUGAUUUGUCAGGGAAUCAAUUGUCUGGUAAUAUUCCAAGUACAAUAGGUUCACUCAAGAACUUGAUAAACAUUUCAUUAUCCGGAAACAGCUUUCAAGGGUCCAUCCCAGAAUCAUUAGGUGAUUUGGUAGGCCUGGAACUCUUAAAUCUGUCUCAAAAUAACUUGUCUGGUGAAAUUCCCAAGUCACUAGAGGACCUUAGAUAUUUGAAAUAUUUGAAUGUGUCUUUCAAUGGUCUCCAAGGAGAAAUUCCAAGCGGAGGUCCAUUUCCCAACUUCACUGCUCAGUCUUUUAUGGGGAAUAAGGCUCUUUGUGGCCCUGCCUGGCUGCAAGUCCCACCAUGCCACCGUAAAUCCGGUCAACCUUCAGACACUAAAUCCAGACUUCUAAGGUUCAUCUUACCUGCUGUCGCAUCUGCACUGCUUGUGGUGGCUUUCGUUUUUCUUCUUGUACGAUGUCCACGAAGGCGCCGAAAAACUCCUAUUCCAGAAGCCCUUCCAUUGACAGCAAUCCAGAGAAGAGUUUCAUUCCUAGAACUUCUACGAGCAACAAAUGAGUUUCAUGAGAGUAAUCUGCUAGGUGUUGGGAGUUUUGGCUCCGUGUAUCAUGGGGUGCUUCCCGACGGGCUGAAUAUAGCUGUGAAGAUUUUUAAUCUGCAAGUGCAAGGAGGGCUAAGAAGUUUUGACACAGAAUGCGAAAUCAUGCGCAACAUCAGACACCGCAACCUUGUGAAGAUUAUUUGCAGUUGCUCUAAUCUUGAUGUCAAGGGCCUGGUCCUGGAGUACAUGCCUAAAGGAAGCUUGGAGAAAUGGUUAUACUCUUACAACUAUUUCUUAGAUAUCAUUCAAAGAGUGAACAUUAUGAUAGAUGUCGCAUCUGCCAUUGAGUAUCUCCAUCACGGUUAUUCAACUCCUGUGGUGCAUUGUGAUUUGAAGCCGAGCAAUGUGUUGCUAGAUGAAGACAUGGUUGCGCAUGUAUGCGACUUUGGCAUUGCAAAACUCUUGGGUGCAAGUGAGUCCGUUUCACAAACCAAGACCCUUGCCACAAUAGGGUACAUGGCACCAGAGUAUGGACUGGACGGACUUGUGUCCACCAGGAUUGAUGUCUACAGCUUUGGAAUCAUGUUGAUGGAAAUCUUCACGCGGAAAAGGCCUACCGAUGAAAUGUUCGAGGGAGAGAUGAGCUUGAAACGAUUGGUCAAAGAAUCGUUGCCUGAUUCAGUGAUUGACAUAGUGGAUAGUAAUUUGCUGAACAGGGGAGAUGGCCACUCCUUAAACAAGGAGCAUUGUGUCACAUCUAUAAUGGAGCUGGCUCUGCAAUGUACUAAAGAAUCACCUGAAGAGAGGAUCAACAUGGUCGAAAUCCUGGCAAGGCUGAAAAACAUCAAAGGGGAAUUCUUGACAGAACGUGAGAGGCGUCGGCAUUAAGAUAAAUGAACUUUUAGUACUUCACAGCUUAAUUUUCCAGUUUUUCUGUCUGCAGGUUAGAUUUUCUGGUUACUAAUCUUAACUUUGAUUUCUCAAGCUGAAGAAUCCAUAUCCCCUCCCCCCUAAUGAUCAAUCCAUAAAUUUACCGUUCGUUUUUGGUAACUGCAUGCCUUGUAUCUUGCAAGAAUAAUGUCCCCAGGGGGACAAUCCUACUAAUAAGAUGUGAUAUUUCUAGUUAUUAUUUAUUUCCAUGUUUUAAAAAUAUUUUUUUUA